AUUUGAACCAUUUCUUCUUUAAUUUCUUUCUCUUUUUGUUAAGUCGUCCUAAAGAAGUUUCUCCAACCUGAUCGAUUCUGUGAUGGAUACAACAAAUUUGGCUAUAUUUAUGAAGUGUAUCUUGAAAAUUGAUAAUGGCCACUGAAAAGAACACUCUGGAUUCUGAGGCUACUUUUGCACAAACAGUACCAGCUCCAGAUUCUACAACAAAGAAACAGGAUGAGUCUCCUCCAACAGAUGACACAAAUCGUACCAUUACAGUGUCCAGUACCUCGUCGGUUACUGUCACUCCCACUGCAUGUGCUAAUGGAUCUGAUGUAGUCUCUUCUCAGCCAGAUAACAAUGGCCAGGCACAUGCUGCAGAUUUUCUAAAGGGAAGUUACCGUGACAAAAACAGCUCAUAUGUCUAUUCUGAUUCGACUUUGCGUGGAGAUCGAGCAAAAAGAAACAAUUGUUGGUCUCAAACUUCUUUUUCGGCUCCUAAGCCUUCUGGAAAUUUCAAUGGUGCUGGUAGACUUCCUCCCAAUACACAAGCACAUGCAUUCAGACCACCAUUUAAGGGAAAGGAAGCCGCAGGACACUACUUACAAUUCUCCAAUCAAAAGACAAGCUGUCCCCCAUAUUCUGGUUACAUUAAUGGAAACCCAAAUAAUGGUUUCUGGGAUCAAAGAGAGCAUAAUAAGAAACCUGAGAGAAAUGGUGAAUCUGACUACUUGGUUGAAUUGAAAUGUGGUCCGAGAGCCAAUGCAAAGACUCGUCCUACUUCUGAGUCAUCAUCACUCAAGCAAAACAAUUCGUUUGCCUUGGCUCUUCGUAGAGAGAUGUAUAACCUCCCAGACUUUCAGACUGACUAUGAGGAUGCCAAAUUUUUCGUAAUAAAGUCCUACAGCGAAGAUGAUGUUCACAAGAGUAUAAAAUAUUCGGUAUGGUCAAGCACUAUCAACGGAAACAAGAAACUCGAUGCAGCUUUCCGUGAUGCUGAAACAAAAACACUCGAGGAUGGCAAGAAACGUCCAAUAUUUCUCUUCUUUUCGGUGAAUGCGAGUAGACAAUUUGUGGGAUUAGCUGAGAUGGUUGGAUAUGUGGACUUCAACAAGGAUUUAGAUUUCUGGCAGGUUGAUAAGUGGAGUGGCUUUUUCCCGGUUGAAUGGCAUGUGGUUAAAGAUAUCCCUAACUGGGAACUACGCCAUAUCAUCCUCGACAACAAUGAGGACAAGCCAGUUACUCAUACGAGGGAUACUCACGAGAUCAAACUCAAAGAAGGUCUCCAAAUGCUUUCCAUAUUCAAGAAGUACUCUGCGGUAACAUAUUUGUUAGACGACAUGGACUUCUACGAAGAGCGAGAGAAGUCUCUUCGAAUGAAGAAGGAGCAUAAACCAGCCACUCUUCGCAUGGAUCUCUUUAAAGAGAAAGACUAUGAUUAUGAGAUGGAAGGAAACAGGAGAAUGAAUCAUCAAGAAAGAGGAUAUAAUUGGAACAGAAGUAGCAGUAGCAAAACACAAGAAUCUCUUGUCAAUCGAACCAAGAAUCUCUCGAUAAGAGGCUACUCUGCUUCCAAGAGGAACACUGGCAAUUCAACAUAAGAUGACAUGCUUCAAUCUUUAGUUCGUCGUCUUCUAUAUUUUAUUCAUUCUUGAAUUGUUUUAGUUAGUUCAGGAAUCAUUAGGUUCUUUUUUCUCUUUCUUUGUUAGGGCGUUUGGUUUGGUUUGUAUUUCAUAUUCAGAUGUCUUUAAGCCUACGGGUUCAGUUUCACGAUCUCAAUAAUAGUAUAAUACAAUAAUCAGUUUUCA